AUGGCGUCUAUGGAAUUGCCUGAAACGCAACCAAAACCACAAAAAAAGUUUGAUUUGAAGAAAUUCCUGAUUGAUCUGGCAUCCGGUGGUACUGCUGCGGCCGUCUCCAAAACUGCUGUAGCACCAAUCGAACGUGUCAAAUUACUCCUCCAGGUGCAACAUGCGUCAAAAACAAUUGCAGCUGAUAAGCGCUACAAGGGCAUCAUCGAUGUAUUCAAACGUGUACCGAAAGAGCAAGGCUUUGCAUCGUUCUGGCGUGGUAAUCUGGCCAACGUGAUACGGUAUUUCCCAACCCAAGCGCUUAAUUUUGCGUUCAAAGAUACUUACAAAAAGAUUUUCGUGGCCGGAAUCGAUAAGGAUAAAGUAAGCUUGCUUCUCUCAAAAACAUUUCACGGGGCAUAAAU